CUAGAAUCGAAUGCUAGUCGCGAUCGCACCUUCGUACCUGCGAUACCUGGUCGCUCUCGUUCCAAACAGAGCAUCUCGCCAUGCGGCUGACGUAGCAAGCCGCCGAACAGGGUCGAGGGAACAUGGGAAGUCGACAAACGAUGAAGAUGAUACAAUCCGUAGCCGUGCUCCUACUCUGGGUCGCUGUUCACGGAGUUUGGACCCAAAGCAACUAUGAUACCCAAGGAAAUAGUAUCGAAUACGAUCCGAACUCGGGGCUCACACCAGACGCCGUCCUUGGUGGCAAGGUCACACGGCUGGACGACAUCAGGUCGGACAUCGCCUUAAACCGCACCAAUGCCAUCCUGGACUGUUCCGAAGGCAGUAUGAACAUUAAUUUAACAUUCAAGGAACCAUUCUAUGGAGUUGUCUAUGCAGAUUUCGACCGGAACAGUGCUUGCAUGGUUAAAGGACGUGGCCUCAAUUACACUUUUUUAGAACUACCAUUAAAAGGAUGUGGUACCAAACCAAAUGGACUCCGAGUUUUUACGAACAACAUCGUCGUCCGAUUUCAUCCAGGCCUUGAGAUGGACGGAGACGAGGUUAUUACUAUAGUUUGUAGAUACCCACCACCGAAAACUGCUCUGGUGCAGCCUCAUGUAGCUCCUCCACUAUUGCCAAGCACAAGUGGACCAACAUUAUCAGGAGUACAUAUCUUGUUGAUCAUCUGUACCCUGCUGUUCCUUGCAUUGACGCUUCUUGGAAUGGGAUGCUCAUACAUGUGUCUCAAGCGUCGACCGAUUGGAAUCGUGCACCGUCAGACAACGAGCUACACAGGAUCUGAGAUUACGAAGCUCUCCGGUUCAUCGUUAGGAAACAUCUCGAUGUUCGGAGAUCUGAAGAUUCCAAGGGCUCAUGCCCUUGCUCACGCUACUGCUUCAAUUUCCGGAAGCGAAGUCAACUUGGUCACGGAUCACUCGGAUACUUUACCUAGCGAUUAUCCUAGUGAGAGUCACUCAGAGAUUGAUGAAGCAAGAUCUUUGCCAGUAUCGUCAGCAGGAUCCUACGAAAAAGCCUUUAUUCACCACCAACAACACCAAGUAGAUGUACGAGCCUCAAGCUCCCUCUACUCCGAAACGAUCAAUGAAAUAGAGACUUCUGCAAUUACCAGUGCCUCUAGAAUGCAUCCACGAUCUCUCCCGAUUGAACCCAAGUUCGAUGUGCAAAUGAGAGUCAAGAGGGCGCCACCUCCUCCACCAAGUCCUUUACCAUCAGAGUCUGACGCCAGCAUUGCACUCGAAAGAAACCUUACAACUAUUCUUGAACGAGAAGAGAUGUCGAGAUCGAUGGAUCGUCCACCUGCAAUGACAACUUUCUCUUACGUCCCGGAACUGCACGGACCACCAAGUUCUGUUUCAAGACAACAGACCCCACCAGUCUAUUCGAGAAUCCUGAGGAAGCAAGCUGAGAGAGAAACGACGCUAGAGUCCGUAAUCUCACACUCACCUCCAUUGGCCACGAUCCACAGACCAAGAUCUUUAGCAUCUUUGAAUACGGAGAUGACAGAUACCCGUUCAUUGACAGAGGUUACUGACGCUUCCCAUGCGAAAUAUAGAGUCGCUAGUAUUCUUGCACCUACCCCACCUCCACCGCCACCUGUUGUACCAUCUACCCUCACACGCACAGCCCAAGAAUACAGACAACUUAUCAGAGAAGAAGUAGAACCUUUAGUAGAACCAAUAAUGUCUCCUAGACGACCAGAAAUUACAACUCAUGAGGUUGAUGACGUCUUCCUCAGGACUGUCACUGAAAAGAAGACUAUAGAAGACGUGGAACGACAUCGUCGACAAGUAACUGAAUACCAUGUAAGACCUCAACCACUUCCAGAUCCCAAAUGGGACGUCACCAUCCGAAAUUAUCCUACUGAAGAACUUCCACCUCCACCUCCUGAAUGGGAGAACUUCUCCGAUGUAAGUUCUGCCUCCAACUUGACCAUCACCAACGAGCCGACUACCUCACGUUACGAUGACCCGGACACCAACAUUGAACCAACCUACACAACUCGAGCGGAAAUUCCGAGCAGACCAACACAUCACCUCGAUCAUGAAUCCUCCACUGAACCUCAAGGCAACAACUUUUUUACUCUUUCGAGAGUCUUGGAGCCUCAGUACACAGCUGAGUUCACAGAGGAUGAGCGGAGGAAAUGGCGUGAGGUCAUCACGACCGAGAGUACACUGAGAACUUUAUUGACAGAGGCUGUAGUCAAGGAAGACUACGAGCUGAUCCGCAAGGAUGCAAGGUACAUUAAUCUCUUCCCAGCAACAAAGUGGGAUGUCAUUAUCCGUAUUUUGAGUCCACCCAACUCAGGCAAUGGAUCCAUAUCAUCUCAUGGAAAGAGUGGACAGAGGUAUAAACGAGGAAAGGCAGCAGAGUGGGACACCAGGUCCAGGAGAUCCUCGCUGCCAACGCUCUACGAAUAUGAGAGUGACGGUGGUUCGAUACGAACCUUCGAGCCGGAGCAAUUGAAACAGGCUGGUGUUCACCCUGGUUCAGGCGUUGGUGGAAGAAUAAGAAGGCUUAGCUCCACAACAAGAGGUGGUAGUGAAGCAGAUCUCAGAUCAAUGUCGGAGAUGACAGUAAGGGAUUUCGCCAGGAUGGACAGGGACGACCUUACGAGUUUGAGCUCCUACGAGGGUGAUUCCCUAGUUAGGUCACUUAGUCAACCUAGCCUGGCAAGGUCUGGGUCAGAGUUUACGGAACAAUGGGGAAUGCCAUCAAGAGGCCUACCCAACUGGGGUAUGGAGGAUGACCCCAGCAGCUCCACUGAAACUACACCUAGACCAAUUAGACGCGGUGAGCGUGUCGAGCUUGUUGCUUCGUUCCAAGGAGCAACUCGACAAGGGCCCGCUGGUGGAGUUGCGAGCACUUUUGCUAGGUCUGCCAGAUAUAGCGAGAGGGAAAGCAUCAGAGUUGAAGAUCAAAGAGGAUCAAACUGGUUCCAUGACGACUCAGAACCGGAAAUGCAGAUCUGAUUAUCUGAAACUUGGAAAGGAUAGGUCCUAAUUCGAGAAAAAGACUCGGUUCAGAAUGAAGGGAGUUCCACCCGCAUUUAUAGAGUUGCCGAUGCGACUAUCUGAAACUUUAACAAGUUCACAACACUGCCCACAGAGGACUGCACCAGGCGUUUGAAUUUCAUUCCCCGUAAGCUCUACAAAUUGUCUUCAAUGCCUGAGAAUGUAACUUAAUCUUGCGAAUCGAAAAGUCUGAAUCUUUUUUAUUUCCUCGCGUCCUCGAAUUUCCAAUGCUUCGAUAUGUCUCUUUUUAGUAUCAAACUUAGCGACGGCUGGAGAGACUCACUUCUCAAACUAUUUAAACUCGUUUUUUUAGUUUUUUAUACACUUUUAUUUCGCCUGUGGUUAAAAAGUGUGAAUGGCAUUGUUGCAGUCGAAGUCAACUGAGUUUCUAGUACUCGAAACUGUCGAUAACCAACUUUUGAAGAAAUGGAUUCCUUCGAGCAGAAAUCUCAGAUGAUUGAAACUUCUAAAUAGAAAGCAGAAUAUCAAUUUUAAGUCUUAAACGUCUGGACUUUCCACUUUACACUCGAACUAUGUUUUACUUAAUAAUAAUAAAAUUUCCAUACUCUCGAGUGGGACUGUAAAAUUCAGUGACUUAAUAUCGAUCGCCGAGUUUGGUUUCAACCGAGAAAAAUGAAUAGUCGAUUUGUGUGAGUUUUUAUCGAUUUCUAAGAUACUUUCAAACGAAAGCUUUACCAUAAGGAAUUCACAACUUACCUGAAAGAUUAUUUAAUACUAACCAAAAAGAAAAGAGUUCGUUUUAUUACUUGAAUUUUUCAGUUGAGUUAAAGAGAGUAUUAGAGACCGAUAAAAAUUUAUUCGAAUACAUUAAGUACUAUUCUCAAUAGAACUUAACUCGGCUUUCUAAUGUAAGGUACUUUAAUAGCGUAACAAGAAUAAAUGGCUUUCUAACUGGAGAGAGCGUGCCAACAUUUUGAAAAUCGUCCUUUUUGACGGUUUUCAUAAUUGAGUUUCAAGUUUCAAUCUCUCCGUAAGCGCUAGUGAUAAUAGAUUCGUAGGUGACAAAAAAGGUGCUGGGUCUACGCUUCACGAUAGAUUGUAAGAAAACGUGAAUAUUUUUAUAUGAAUAAUUAUACAUAGUAUGUAUAUGAAACAUAAAAUACUAUAAAGUGAAUAUAUUAUAAAUAAAGCGCGAUCAAGUGAUUUUCGUGCAUCUGCUCAACGGGCGUAAUAAGUAUCAAAAUUCGCAUAAAAAUUAACAAAUCGAUUGUAAUCUAGAAUGAGAAAUCAGAAAAUGUAAUAGUGCUUCCUGUAGUUGACUUUUCUAACGAUUUUUCUAUUUUGUUCAUUUCUAUCGCAAUUGGCAUAACGAAAAAUGUUGGUUCUUUCCCACGAAGAAUAAUUUGCCAAGUAUUGGCUAUUCGUGUGGCCUACUGAUAAGCAAGUUGGUAGUCGAUUGUCACGGCAUCGUUCUGCUAGACAUGGCGAAUUUCGUUAUCAGCAAUAAUUGCUAAGAAGCAUGUCUCUUGCCCAGCCCACUUCUUGUAAAAUUGAUUGUGCUCAUCACGAGGAAUUCCGUUUGCACCUUGAAACUUUAGAACUUAGUUAGGUUGAAUUCGAUUUCUUCGCUUUCGAUUUAAUUUUUUUUCUUGUAAUUGAAAGGACCUAAGAAAACUCGAUCCAUGUGGGCGUAAGUGUAGAUAUUUUUGUUGAUUUAUCAACGAGAGAGUGGAAAAGAAUGGAAAGAGAAUCGGGCACUGGUAAGGUGCUAUUCUGUACAUACUGACACAGAGCGUGAAAGCAAACUGAAACUAAGAUAAGAUAAUAAAUCAAUUUCGACUUGUCUUUCUGUAACUAAACGGUAAGUAAUCGACGCCGUCCGUAGAAAUAAGAAUCCACUGUAGUGCCUCUUUGCGGAAUAAACGUAACGAUGCUUUUACUACUAA